CAUUCCGCUGCCAUUUGUCUGAUCAAGUCGCACCGACAGCCCACCAAAACUCGAAUUUCUUCAGCCGACAACGCGGCGCUAUUGCAAUCCCAGAAGCAAUGCGAGGGAAAUCGAUCACAGCAAUGGGCCGCCCGUUGAAGGAAGUGGCCAUCUUCAUCAUAAUGUGUGCCUUCACUGUGACAGCGUGGACCGGCGAAAUCAACGGCCGGGUCGUCUGUGACGUCUGUGGCGAUUCUUCCAUGGGCCCCGAAGAUCAUGUUCUCGAAGGUGCUGAGGUGGCCGUUCUUUGUAUAACAAAGUCUGGGGAGGUUCUUAACUAUCAGGCUUUCACAAACUCCAAGGGGAUAUACAGAGUGGCGGAGACUAUGCCAGAAAGUGACCGGUGGGAUGCAUGCCUAGCAAGACCAAUCAGCAGCUUCCACGAACACUGCAGUUAUCUGGGAGAUGCCAAUUCAGGUGUCAAGUUCAGUUACAGUCAGCCCUCGGGUUAUUCUCACACUGUUAGACCUUUUGUCUACAAGCCGGCCAUUGUUCCCACAUACUGUUUUUGAAUUCUGUGUGUCUGCCGUAUCAUGUAUGUAGUCCAUGCCUGAAAAAUCCCAUUUCAGGUCUCUGUAUAUGCUGUGCUUUACCUUAUCAAGGUCUGACUUCAGCUCCUCAAACCUAUAUACAAGUGAGGAUAAUUUAUGAAGAAGAUGACUAUUUAUUUCUGUA